AUGGAAUCCGCUGCCACGUCUUCUUCUUCUUCUAAAAAGACGCGAGAAUCGUCUGUCGCUGCUCCUCCGAAUUCUAUUAAUAUGGCAUCUACUAGUGCCUCCGCCACUACACCGACAUCUCAAGAAGCGUCGUUCGCGACGUCUUCUGACGACGUCUUCUUUGGGCGUACCACACGACUUAUGUGGAAAGCGCAGACAGAACAAGCGGCCGCCUCGUCACAUCAACAGUCUCCAAAAUGGAACGAACCCGACACGGAUUACGCGCCGCCCGUCAAAAAGUCAAAGAAAGAAAGAUCACAUCAUCAUCAUCAUCGAGACAGAGGUGAUUCUGGAGAGACGUCGUUCUCCACGUCGUCAGAGAAACAUCAUGUAAAGGAGGAGAAAUCGGCGAAAAAACACAAGAAAUCGUCGUUGCCGCCGAAAGAGAAACCGCCAAAGACGCCAAAAGCACACGGCAGCUCUCGUCACUCUGAAACACCGACGACUCAUCGUGGUGCCUCCACUUCAUCCUCAUCUUCUCAUCAUCAUCAUCAUAUUCCAUCACAACCGAAACCAACUGCUCCGCCACCAGUUCAUCAACCAAAACAAGUACAAAAAGAUGUGAAACUGGAGGAACCAAUGUCACCAGAUAUGAAUCACGCCGCCGCCACACAACAAUUGGAUGCCAAAACAAUGGACGCGAUUCGAACAAUUCGUGAAGCGGCGAAGUCCUCAGCUCGUGCCACCCUCAUCCAAAACGCCAUCGAUUCGGUUCUCAGUAAGGGAACAACGUCUCCAACACCACCAUCUCACAACGGUAUCGUCGCUCCACCGAGUUCACAGAAUCCGCAGGCUGCAAUUCCAGCAGCGUAUCCACCGCCGGCUGCUUCUGCUCCGCCGGGUGCCACGGGGGCUCCAACGGCUCCAGCUGCUCCACCACCACCGGCCGCUGUGGUACCGGCGAGCGUCGAUAUUGUCGCUGAGCAACGUCACACUUUUAUGAUUCCACCCACUGAUCCCCUCUAUCAUAUCAUCGUCUCCUACUAUUUCGAUCUGAAAAAGUACUUUAAUGCGGCGAAAGGGGCGGAGCCUGAGCUCAUCGGUCAAAUCCGUCAAGAUAUCGAAGCGGAAAAAGUGAAGAAAAACGAGUUGAUGGAGGCGACAUCGAAUACGAAUUCACAGAUUAAUGAGCUCCUCUCAUCGGGUGUUCACGUACUGAAAGGGCAUCUCGAUGAGCUCGGAAUGCACAAAGUGUCGGAUGUGACCGAAUUGCUCGCCGGCUCGAAACAUAUCGUCACUCAGCAUAAGGGACUGACGACGAAUGUCGCUCAAAUGGAGACGAGUGUCGCUGUUGAGGAGCACAAGUUGAAGAUUAUUGGAGGACCCGAUGCGUUGAAGUAUUUUGAAGAAGCGCUCCACUCGCAAUCAAUGGAUAUAAUGAAGCUUAGCGACUUGGUAAUCAGCACUCGCCCACCCAAUUUCGUCGCUCAAAUUCUUCCCGAUGAGCCGACACCUACAGUAACCACCACCAAUGCAUCAUCCGACUCGAAAGUGUCUCCAUCUGGAGGUCGUCGUCCACGUCAACCACGCCCAAAGGCCAAUGGAACCGCCGGAGGGAAACGUGGACCGUCGGCGGGCGGCGGCGGUCGAAAAUCGGACGGACCGACUGAAGACGUCGAAAUGGAGAUUCGGCAAUUUGUUCAACACGCAUUGAAAGUUGACAAUGCGGUUAAAGAGAAGGAGAGAAAGGCUCGUGGUAAUUUGAUUUCGGCCGUAGCCCAGGUUGAGGCGAUUCAUCCGAAAUAA